UUGAGCCGUAGCAAGAUGUGAAUGGUCUCGGCAAAGUCCCAUUUUUUGACUCACACAUAGAGCUUGUCGCUAGUUGGAAACUGUUGAGCGCAGUGGAAACUUCCUCUUCUUAGUUUUAUUUCUUCUGGAAAGUGAACUUGGCCCUCGGUCUAGUCAAUCACGCGGAAAGAAAACGGCAAGAGAGUGCUUGAGAAUGUAUCUUCGCUAAAACUUCCAAAUUCUUGUAAAUUUGAAUACCAACACACCUUUAUGAUAUGCAAUUCUCUCUCUCUCUCUCUCCCCCUCCAUUCAUUCAUAUUUAUCUCCCAGAAUUUUAUGCCCAGGAUCAGCAGUGGAUGCACCAAGUUGAUCCAAAGUAGCAAGUCGUAAACACUUCCAUUUCAAUGGCUUCGACUUCAGCUUCAACUUCUUCAUCCUCUUCACGAAGCUCAUCCGUCUUGGAUGAUCCAUCAAAUCCUCUGUACCUGCACCAUGAAGAAAGCCCUGGUGCUAUGCUUGUGUAUCAAACUCUCGUAGGAGAGAAUUACCCGACUUAGGAAAGAUCAAUGCGAAUGGCACUGAUUGCCAAGAACAAGUUAGAGUUUAUUGAUGGCACAUUGACUCUAUCAUCUCCAAUGGUCAAAACACCAUUGGCAAAACAAGCUUGGAUUCAUUGCGACAAAAUGGUUGCUUCAUGGAUCCUCAAUUCUGUUUCUCAAGAAAUUGCUACAAGUAUAGUCUAUAAGGACACUGCUCAUGAAAUCUGGAACGACCUUAGGGAAAGAUUUUCACAAGCAAAUGGAGCACGAGUUUUUCAAUUACAGAAGGAUAUUGCUGGAAUUACGCAAGGUCAAUCAUCAAUUAAAUCAUAUUUCACUCAAUUGAAUGUGCUCUGGGAUCAAUUGCAAAAAUUUCGACCUUUUCCAAUGUGUUCUUGUGGAUUUUGCACUUGCAACUUAGGUCAGAAACUCAAUGAUCUUCAGCAUCAAGAUUUAGUGAUGCAAUUCUUAAUGGGUCUUAAUGACUCCUAUUCUCAAGUUAGGGCACAAAUUUUGUUGAUGGAUCCUCUCCCACCCAUCAACGAAGUGCACACUUUGCUAAUUCAAGAAGAAAGGCGUUGUAGUGUGGGAAACAAUUCAAGUCCUCAUGUGGAAUCAUCAACCCUAGUUACUAAGGUAUCUUCUUCUUCAGGAAACAAAAAUAACAAGAACUCUAAGGGGAAAGAAAGUCCCACUUGCAAUCAUUGUGGAAUGAAUGGUCACACUGUUGAAAAGAAUUCUAGUUCUGCGUCUACUUCAUUUACAUUCACUCAGGAGCAAUGUCAACUAUUCUUGGCUAUGUUGGGAACUCAGAUUCAGUCAAGCAAUUUUGCUUUCACUAAUAAUGAAACUCACAUGACCAACAAUGUAAUUCAGCUAGCCGCUCACUCCACUUCUAUGGCAGAAUUUGUAGCCAACAACUCAGAACUUGGCAGUCCAACAGAAGAAAGAAUUCCAUCACUCGUAGAGUACUCAUUUACCCCAUCAGCCAAGUUGGACUCUGUUAGUUCUGUAUUGAAUAGAACAAAUCCAAUUCCAGCCAACAACUCUGACACUGAUGCUAAUGGAGCAAGAAGUCCUUCCAUUUCGUUACUCUUCCCACCUGCCAUGUCUGAAUUUGAAACAGAUGAGAGUUGUUCAGACUCAAAUGAAACACGAUUCUCUUAUUCGAUACCGUCAUACUUCCCACCAGGUAGGUCUGAAACAGAGAGUAGUUCUGAAGAUUUUGGAAUAAUUCCAACUUAUCCUUCCAUAUCAGCAAGCCCUAGACACACAACAACCUUCAUUUGUGGAUGUGGCUGAUCAAAUUUUGCAAAGGAAUAAUGACCCUGAGAUUGCAAUAUUCUUCACAACCAGUUGGAUGAUCUGGAAUAAGCGGAAUGAGGCUCUCUUUGGCACUCCUCGUCCUGAUCUCUCUUUUCUAGCCAGGUCUGCUGCAGCUUAUGCUAUAGAAUAUUUGGAAUCUACUUAUGGAUGUUUGUCUUGAGUUUGUAAGAUAGUUUUGUUUUUUUGGCUUUCCUUGUUGUAAUCUUUCUUUUAGCUGCUGUCUUUGGUAGGGGUAGGGAAAGCUGAGUAGCUAGUUCAGGUUUCUUUGGCUUUCUCUGUUGCUGUCUUGCUUUUGUACAUUUUUUUUCUUUCUUUGAAUAAAUUUCUGCCGAUU